GGAUGUAACCAGGUACUCCACACGGCCAAGUCCUAGAGAUAUACUCCGUGGGAAACACUGGUCCUCAGAGGACGUUUCGGCUGUCUUCUAACACCACCCUGAUUCAAGGAAGGAAUGAAAGCUAAGAAGAGGCUGCUAAUGUUGCUUUUCUGCCUUUUCCUGUUGCUGAUGGCUAAGGUCUUAUUCAGGAUGCGUGUGGAUGUCAUCACCACCACGGACUGGCUGGCUCCAGUCAUAUGGGAAGGCACCUUCGACAGAGAGGCCCUUGAGAAAUAUUACAGAAAGCAGAACAUCACCGUGGGCUUGGUUGUGUUUGCAGUUGGCAGUCUCACUGACCAGUACCUGGACCCAUUCUUGCGAUCAGCCAGUAAGUUCUUCAUGCCUGGCUAUAAGGUGAUCUUCUACGUCAUGGUGGAUAGGUUCCUGCAGUUCCCUGAAAUGGACUACGGCCCUCGGCAGUCCUUUCAAAUCCACCUCAUAGGUGAGGAGAGAUGGUGGAGCGACUUUGACCUCAUGCGCAUGAAACUCCUGGGUGAGCACAUCCAAGACCACAUCAGAUACGAGGUGGACUUCCUCUUCAGUAUGAGCGCUAACCUGGUCUUCCAGAGUGAGUUUGGAGUGGAGACCCUGAGCAUGUCUGUAGCCCAGCUCCAUGCUUGGUGGUAUUUCCGGAAGACAGGGGAUCUUCCUUAUGAGAGGAGACCUGCGUCCGCAGCCUACAUUCCCUUCGGGCUGGGGGACUUCUACUACGCCGGCACCAUUGUAGGCGGAGUGCCCCUCAAGGUUCUGGACUUGACUCAGGAAUACAUGAAAGGAAUUGUUUUGGAUGCCGAAAACGGACUCAACAGCACCUAUGAGAAAUACCUCAACAAAUAUUUCUUCCUCAACAAGCCCACCAAGCUUCUCUCCCCAGAGUACAGCUGGGACCCCACCUUCCACACCCUUCGGCAAGUGCGGUCCAUGAAGAUUGCUCAGUAUCCCAUAGACAGUUUGUGAUGCACCAGCGUCUAUGGGCUAAAAAGAACAAACCCCAUUAGUUCCUUAAAGACACAGGAUGUCUUUUUAAAGACUCACACUUCAGAAGCCUGAUAAUGUACACUCUUUCCAAAUCAACUAAUUUUUUCUUGCGAUUUUGAAUCA